AUGGCACCUCCAAAAGAAGACUCACCUCCCAUGCCCCGUGCCUUCUCUGAGAUUCCUUUUGCUGAGUUAGGAGCUGUACACCCAGACGCAACAGAGGUAGGUCCUGCAGAGAGAUUUUACAAGUGCAGUGGUGAGAAGUACACUGAGUUGAUGGCAAUGGGAAUUGGCCUGAAGACGCAUGACCUACGUGAGAUUGGUAAUGUCGAGGAAGAGCCAUACUGUUCCAUGAAGUUGAGGAAGAAGGUCACGCCCACACAGAAGCACAUGGUUGAAGAAAUCAAACGCCAAGAGUUGAAGCUGUUUGAUUUGAUCAGUGCCGCAAAUCUAGAAAAGCAAGAUGAGAACAAGAAGGAAAAGGCUUCAGCGUGGACAACCACAGAACCGUACUUACGUCUCUUCGAGUGCAUGUUGAGUGAUGAGAUCAGGCCAUUGUUCCUAGAGAUGCAGAGGAUUGGUGACCGUGAUGAGUUGGAUGCUCGCAAUUCAGCAGACAGGCCUGAAACUGUCUUCGAGGCUUGUGCCAGACUGUUCAAUGACCCAGAAAAAGAAGUGUUCUCUCAGUGCUUGCCAGACUUACAUUUUGCUUUUGCUGAAGUUCUCGAUUGUUCUUUGGAGAAGAUGCCGGGGCUGGUGACACCAGACGAAGUGAAGCGCCCCUGGGGUGACUGUCGUGCCAAGCUGAUCAAGAUGAUUGCAAAGUGGGAGCUAAGUGGAAAUGGGUUCGGUCAACGUUCCGUAGGAGAUGAUGCUUUUGGUCACAUGGGAGAGGAUAACAUGGAGUGUGGCGACAACAGGGCAAACUUCUUGGAUUCCCAAACCAAGGAACACAUCCUGUAUCUUUGGCAUGUUUCCGAUGAGCAGCAGGUCCUCAAGAACGUGAUGUGUGUCAUCGCUGAAUCUUCCGCGGCUUCUUCUGAAGUUUGUUCUUCCGUUGCCGGAACUGACCAAGCCACUGCUGCCCGCAAAAGAAGAGUCGACGAAAGGGCCCUUGGAUUCUUCCGUGCCAAGAUGAGUCUGGCAAUGCAUACCAUGUCCCGUGCUGCCAUUUUCAAGGAACUACGCGAGACCCAGGAAAAGCUUUUCGAGGCUCAACUCAGAGUCAUGGAGGUCACCAGCGUCGAACUGAGCCAGCUCUGGGGGGGUAGAGUCAGUUAUCUCGAAGCCCAAGUUGAGGCUGUGAAGGAAUGCUUGAACAGUUUGGCUAUCGAGGAAUCGCUCAACCCUCCAAAGAAGAAGAAGAAGAAGGCUGUUGCUGCUAACGCCGCAGCACGAGCUGCACUUGACUCUGACUCUGACGAUAGUGAUGAUGAUGAUGAUGAAGGCAACUAG